AUGCUUCUUGAGACAUUUCUACCGAUGCCUCGUCUUAUACUUGUGAUCGCUUUGCUACUCUCAAAUGUUGAAAGUAAACUAACAGCUGUAUCAAAGAAAAGUAUUGAAGACUUCCACUUGAAUCUAUACAAGAGUAUAGUCGCCACCAAACCAGACGACAAUAUAUUUUUUUCACCAUACUCAAUCAGUCUCGCUCUUGCUAUGAUUACCGGAGGUGCACAAGGCAAAACAGAGAAAGAACUUCUACAUCUUCUACAAAUUCCAUCCCGUAACCAAUUAGAUGCAUUAGUUAAACAGCUUAUGAGCAUUACCCGUCUACCUGAAAUCAAGUUGGCCAAUCGAUUGUAUCCAGAUAAGAAAUUUCAGAUUUUACCUGCCUUCAAACGACGAUUGGAAAAGCUGCAUAACAUUACUCUAGUAUCUGUUGAUCUUAAUGCAAAAAAUGUCACGCCUGUUAUCAAUGGAAUCAACACAUGGGUAUCUAAUCAAACAGGCGGUUAUAUCAAGAAGGCACUAGACAAAAAAGAUCUAGUUGGAAAUACAUCGCCCGCAGUGAAUGCUCUUCUGAUAAUCAAUUGUCUGUUAUUUGAUGGUACAUUUCUUUUUUUCUCACAUAUGUUUUCACUAGAUUAUUUUUUUUCAGCAACAUGGCAAGUUGAAUUUCAAGGACAAAACACCCUAGAUGGUAACACAUUCUAUCCUGAUAUUGGUCCACCACUAGAGAAAAAACUCACCUUAAUGAGGAAAAUGGAUCUCACCUUUACUAUUAUUCUACCAAAUAAAAACAUUAAAUUGUCUCAAGUUGAAUCAAAUCUCACUCCAGCAUUACUCAAUUCUCCGACUACUACUAAUCAGAACAUAUUUCUUUCGAUACCAAAAUGGAAAUUUGAAUUUGAAAGUCAACUAGAAAAUAUAUUAAAAACGAAAAUGAAACUCAACGAUAUAUUCGAUCAAAACAAAGCCAACGUGAAAGGAUUAUCAAUGGAGAAAAAUAUAUUUCUAUCCAACUUGAUUCACAAAACUUAUAUUAUUGUCGAUGAGAAAGGUGUACGAGCUGCGGCUACGUCUAUUGCACGAAUCAUGUUAACGACUAGUACACGACCGGAUGUCAAUUUUCUUUGUAAUAAACCAUUUAUCUAUGCUAUUCGAUACAAACAGACGACGUUGUUUAUGGGACGGUAUGUCAAAGUAAUUGACACGAGCAAUAUGCCACCAAUUAUGGACGACAAACGUGGAUAA